UCCUUAAUCCAGGGGUCAUUUUGGUUAAACUCCAGACAACGAAACUUCCCUUCUCCACGCAAGAGAGAAGAGAGAGAGAGAGAGCAGCUAGCUUAAGCGGCUGCUAUCCCCCGCCCGCCACGCGCGCGCCACAGCCGCCGAUCCGAGCUGCCGCCAACAGAGUCAGCCCAUGCAGCCUCAAUGUUCCUUGGGAGAUAACAUGUCUGAACAACAGGAACGUGUUAGCAAAAGCUCUUCCUCGAGUAUUAGCAGCAGUACUCAGGAGAGUGAGGAGGAAGUAACCAUUGGUACCCUUAUAACUGAAGCAACAAACACAACAAACAGCAGGAAGAGCCUUGGAAGGCGCCUGUCCCACUUAGAUUCGAUCCAACACACUCCUCGAGUGAAUGGGAAAAUUCCGGAUUUUAAUAAUGCAACAAUAGAUCAUGAAUCGUUAUUGGAAAGAUUGGGCACUUACGGGUUAGCUGAAUACCAAAUAGAAGGAGAUGGGAAUUGUCAGUUCCGAGCUCUGGCAGACCAGAUAUUCCGAAAUCCUGACUAUCACAAACAUGUGAGGAAGGCAGUAGUAAAGCAGCUAAAAGAAUUCAGGAAGCACUAUGAAGGCUAUGUACCAAUGGAGUAUAAGGUUUAUCUGAAGAAAAUGAAAAGAUCUGGGGAAUGGGGAGAUCAUGUGACCUUACAGGCAGCUGCAGACAGGUUUUCUGCUAAAAUAUGUCUGUUGACAUCGUUUAGAGACACAUGCCUUGUCGAGAUAAUCCCCAGAGAUGCCACUCCCACAAGAGAGCUUUGGCUAAGUUUCUGGUGCGAAGUACAUUACAAUUCAUUGUACGCAAUUGAAGAUCUGCCGACACGCAAAACUAAAAAGAAGCACUGGCUGUUCUAGGCUUCUAGCUUGAUAGGCUCCAGCAAUUUAUUGGAUCUGCUCUGGGUCUUCUCUACGUGGUCCAGCAGUAUCUGUAACCGUAGUUUCACCUUUUUUUUUGUUAACGUUGUGAGCUGAAAUGUGACCUGGAACUCAUGUAAGCAUAUGUACAGUGAGGUGCAAAUUUUUUACUAGUGCAGUUUUGGGCUGUCUGCCUGUUCCUGUGGCUA